AGUCUUAUUUUUGCCAGCAUACAAAACAUUUAAAAAAAAUUUAUUAACUAGUUAAAUUUAAAAAAAAACAUUAGAUCAUUAUCUUGUAUUAUCAAAAGUGUCAUUAAUUUAAUAAUGUUGCCUUUCAUAAUUUGAAAAAAAUCAUUGUAAAUUUAUAAUAAAAAAAAAACAAGUAGAUAAAAAAAAAACAACAAUGUGAUUGUUAUGAAAUUUUAUUUAUUUUUUUUUGUUAAUUAUUGUUCAAUCAAAUUGUGACUAUUAAAAUAUCUUUGGGUGAUUUAUUUUUUAUUUUUUUUCUACUCAACAUAAAGAUGGUGACGCAAGAAGAAUAAUUCAGAGAUUCGCAUAAUAUCACGAGCCUAAUGUCUGUAUGGUCAUCAAGCACCGGACGCAACUCAGUGUUUGGUGCUGAGGUUGGACCACUUGGAAAAACAACAAAAAAACAAAUACAAAAUUACGUUCAUUCACACGCACAUCUACAUUCAUCAGACGGUCACUGCUUUCAUCAAAACUUUCACACUUGCCAGGCAAAGAUGUCGCAGUCAGGUGAUGGUCUACAUACACCAGGUUAUUUAUCAUGGAGAAAAUUACAACUCAGUCGUGCUAAAUUGAAGGCAUCAAGCAAAACAUCAGCAUUAUUAUCUGGUUUUGCAAUGGUAGCAAUGGUUGAAGUACAAUUAAAUUCCGAGACAAAAGUACCAACAGAAAUGUUAAUUGCUUUUGCUGUAUGUACAACUCUUCUUGUUGCUGUUCAUAUGUUGGCAUUAAUGAUAUCAACAUGUAUACUACCAAAUAUUGAAGCAGUAUGUAAUCUUCAUAGUAUAAGUUUAGUUCAUGAAUCACCACAUGAACGUUUACAUUGGUAUAUUGAAAUUGCUUGGGCAUUUUCAACUUUACUUGGUUUAUUAUUAUUUUUAUUAGAAAUUGCAAUAUUAUGUUGGGUUAAAUUUUAUGAUUUUUCAAAAGUUGCUGCAUGGUCUGCUUGUAUUGUUCUUAUUCCUGUAUUAAUUAUAUUUUUAACAUUUGCAAUACAUUUUUAUCGUAGUCUUGUUGCUCAUAAAUAUGAAGUUACAAUAUCUGGUAUACGUGAAUUGGAAUUAUUAAAAGAACAAAUUGAAUCAAAUGAUGCUGAGGGUAGACAUGGUGUUAAUCAACUUAUACAAUCAACUACACAUAUUGUUUAAAAUUUUUAUUUUUUAAUCACUGCAAGACAAGAGCAAUUGUAUAUAUAUUUUAUAUUACUUAAAAGAUCUGAGAAGAAGAAAAUAUUGGAAGAAUAAUUUGUCUUCCAAAUUUUAAAUUGUUAAAAAUGAAUCUCUCCUGUGUUUGUUACUUUUUUCUUUAAUAAAAGUUAAUUCAUUUUUAUUAAAAAAAAAAGAAAACUCAAUGAAUUUAACAGCUUUAUUUGUUGUUAUUAUAAUUAUUUUUUUAAAUCACAUGUAAAUAAUGCUAAACAUUCCCCUAAAUUGUGAAUAUAUGCUUCGAGACUUAAUUAUUUAUUUUGUUUCAUUUUUUUUUUUUUUUUCGUUGUCUAAGACUUUUGCCAACAUGUAUGUCAAUAUUUAUAUUAUAUUUAAUCAGGGUUAGUCAAGUUAUUAUUAUAGUUAUCUUGAGAUAUAUAUUUACCCUGUAAUUAAAAUUUAUAAAAAUUUAUAUUGUAAUAAAUUUUUAAAAUUAA